CGAUGACGCUCAUCUCUCACACAGGGGUACGGAAAUCAGGCGAACACUUUCGUACCGGGUUAAGUUUUAUGAUAUUAAUAGACAUAUGAAUCAAAACAAGCGUUCGCAUCUGUGUUGUAGCAAUUUAUGAAAAAAUAUAGGCAUUUAAAAACAUUAAAAACACAGGGUUUCUUUCGUUUUUAGCAUAUUUUCUUUUUUACCUGUACGGUCACUACACAUUUAUAAGUUAGCUGUUUCUCCUUGUUAACGCGAUUGUUUUAGCGUUAAUUUGUGGGGAAACAUGGAAAUAACAUGCGAUCAGAUCAGGGAGAAACUUACGCAGAAGCUCGGGGCUGUGCACGUGGAUGUGGAGGACACGUCGUCUAACAGAUGUGCCGCCAGCUUCAAAGUCCUGGUGGUGUCGACGGAGUUCGAGGGAAAGCCACUGUUACAGAGACACAGGUUGGUGAACAUGUGUCUCGCUGAGGAGCUGAAAGAAAUCCACGCUUUUGAACAGAAGACCCUCACACCAGAACAGUGGGAGAAACAGAAGUCCCAGUGACACGCACACAUGCACGACAUUUAAAAUGUCCACUGUAAACAGGCCUUAUAAUUCUACUUCCAUUGUCCUGUAAUAUGGAUUUAGUUCCACUGGAAUGUUCUGCAGAUAAUAAAACACUCUCCUGCCAUA